ACGACAUCUUUCUCCUUUGCUUUAUUCUAGGCUCCUGCGAGUCUGCUAAAAUUAGCUACGCACGACGUUGCUGUCAUGGCUCAACCAGCAGUGUCCUCUUGUAUUGAUUACAAAUGGAAGUAUGACGUGUUUCCUAGUUUUCAUGGUGAAGACACUCGGUUAAGUUUCGUUAGCUUUCUUCGCGGAUCUCUACAUGAAAGAGGAAUCCGUGUCUUUAUGGAUGAUGAGCACAUCAGAACGGGAGAAGAAAUAACACCAGCACUUAUCAAAGCCAUAAGAGAAUCCAGGAUAGCUAUCAUAGUUUUCUCCGAGAACUAUGCCAACUCAACAUUCUGCCUGCAGGAACUUGUAGAGAUUCUCGAGUGCUUUAAAGAAGAAGGUCGGUUAAUAUAUCCAGUAUUUUACUAUGUGGAUCCAUCAGAGUUGCGACGUCCGAGAGCAAGCUAUGCAGAGGCUUUGGCUCGAUUGGAGAAAAGAUUUAAGGACAACAAACAACAAGUAGAAAAUUGGAGGUUGGCUUUGUCCCAAGCAGCUAAUUUGAAAGGGUGUCAUCUCAAAGCCAAGAUUGCAAAUGAGCAAGAACAUAUUACAGAGAUCACCAAUGAAGUAUCAGCGAGGAUUCAUCGUAUUCAUAAUCAUUUACACGUUACUCGAUACCCUGUUGGACUUGUGUCUCGAGUGAAAAAAGUGGUCUCACAUUUAGAUCUUUGCUCUACUAAGAAAAAUAAAAUGGUUGGAAUUGUAGGACUUGGUGGGAUAGGUAAAUCAACGAUUGCAAGAGUCUUAUAUAAUUUGAUUUCUGAUCAUUUUGAAGGCCUAUGUUUUCUUUUUGAUGUGAGGAAAAACUCUAAAAUGCCAAAUGGUUUGGCACGUCUUCAAGAGACAUUGCUUUGUAAAUUAGUCAAGGAGAAGGAUCUCAAAUUGGGUGAUUGGUAUGAAGGAAUACCAAUAAUAAAACAUAGGCUUGGCCACAAGAAAAUUCUUUUGGUCAUUGAUGACGUUGAUGAAUUGAAACAAUUAGAAGCACUAGCUGGAAAUUGUGAUUGGUUUGGUCCUGGAAGUAGAAUUGUCAUAACGACUAGGGAUAAACAGUUGCUAGUAAGUCAUCAUGUGAAGAGUAUUUAUAAUGUUGAGGAAUUAAAUGAUGAGGAAUCUCUUCAAUUGCUUUGUUGGUGUGCCUUUGAAAAGGAGAAUGUGGAGUUUGACUUCAUGGAGGUUUCUAAACGUGCAAUACGUUAUUGUUGUGGACUUCCAUUAGUUUUAGAAGUGACUGGUUCUUACUUAUGUGGUAGAGGAGUCAAUGAAUGGCACUCUGCAUUGGAUCAAUUCAAAAGAAUUCCAGAAGGAAAAGUUUUGGAAGUCCUUCGAUUAAGCUAUGAUGCUUUAGGAGAAUUUGAGAAAGAAAUUUUUCUACACUUGGCUUGUUUUUCCAAAGGUGAGGAAUUAGGAGAAGUUAAGGGCAUGUUGUUAUGUUUAUAUGGAAUCCCACUGGAUAAUGUUAUUAAUGUUCUAGUCAAUAAAUCCCUCAUAAGAAUUGAAGGAGAUCAGGUGUUAAUGCAUGACGUGAUUGAAGAUAUGGGUAAAGAAAUUGUUCGACAAGAAUCACCAGAUGAACCCGGUAAACGAAGUAGGUUAUGGUUCUACCAAGAUAUUCUUCAUGUUUUAAAUCGAAACACAGGAACCAAUAAAGUGGGAGUCAUAUUUCUAGACCUACCUGAAGACUUUUCUGAAGAUAAUGAAGUACAAAUGCAAUGGAGUGGAAAGGCAUUCAUGAAGAUGACAAAUCUCAAAAUCCUUGUGAUAAAAAAUGCAAGCUUUAUUUCAAAAUGCCCCACACAUCUUCCAAAGAGUUUAAAGUGGUUGAAAUGGAAGGGGUAUCCUUUCAAGUUUUUGCCGCAUAAUAUUUGUUCAACAGAACUUAUUUGUCUUGACUUGUCGAAUAGUUGUUUUGAUACACUCCAGCCAUUUACGAAGAAGUUCCACACUUUAAGCCGCAUGAAUUUUAGAAAUUGCCAAUUUCUACAACAAAUUCCAGAUUUAUCUGGAGUUUUUAAUUUAAGAGAAUUGUGGCUUGAUGAUUGCACAAAUUUAGUUGAAAUCCAUCAUUCAGUUGGGUGUUUAAAUAAAUUGAAGGAAUUGAGUGCCAUGCGAUGCAAUAGCUUGGAAAUUUUGCUUCCAGACCUUAGACUGGUAUCUCUUGAGAAUCUCAACCUCUAUGGUUGUUCAAGGCUCUAUAGUUUCCCAGAGAUAUUGAUUGAGAUGAAAUAUAUGCGAAAUCUUCACUUGGGUAGAACAGCCAUUAUUGUGUUGCCAUCUUCAAUUUGUAAUCUCAUUGGACUUGAAACCUUAAACAUAGAGGAAUGUCCUUAUCUUGAGCAACUACCAACUACCAUUUGUUUGCUGCCAAAUCUUUGGGAGCUAAAUGCAACUUCUUCUAAAGUAUUGUCUCAUAUAAAGAUGUAUAAGGAAGGACAAGAAGAAAACUUGGAUUGCUAUGCACUGUCUUUGAAAUUGGAACGUUUUUGCUUCUCAAAAUGCAAUUUAUCAGAUGACUCUCUUGCUCUUUGCCUCUCUCACUUCACUAAUAUGAUACAUUUAGAUAUAAGCUUCAGUAGUCGUGUUACGACCCUUCCAGCAUGCAUCAAGGAAUGUCACCAUUUGAAAUAUCUUUCCCUGGAUCAUUGCAACCGACUUCAACAUAUUGAGGAGAUGCCACCAAACUUGGAAAAAUUCAGUGCCAUAUGUUGCAUGUCAUUGACAAAAAGAUCUGAAAGCAGAGUAUUGUAUCAGGUACUCAACUUGCAACCUGGGAAAACAAACUUUAUCUUUCCUGGAGGUAAAUUCCCAGAAAAUCUUGAUAGUUAUAGUAGGAGAAGCUGUGUGUCUUUUUGGGUUCGUGAUGUGUUUCCAACAAUUUUUAUAUGGAUUCUUGUGAAACAAGAUCAGGAUUUUCUCUUCAGUUGUUCAUUCUUGGUGCACGUCAAUGACGUCAAGCUAGAUAUUUCUUCUGAGUGGCUUCUGUUUCCAUCAAGAGCAAUGCCCAAGAAAUGA